CAGACGUGUUCACCAUGAUAAGCGCCGAUCUCGACGAGCCUCUCCACGGUACGUUUUGCCCUCGGCUGCCCCUGACAGAUCGGAGCGAUAAUGGACUGAUAAGCCUGGAUCAGUGUUCGAUCUCCCCCAGGUCCAUACCAAACCCUCCGGCACCGAACUCAUCCAAGCCCUGGAGUUGCUAACCGUCAAACCACGGAGCUUCGGGCCCGUUGCCCACGAGGCGGCGGGGAAGAGCCGAACGGUCCAGCCGGCCGGAGUGGCCCGAUAUUUAACCUCGAUCAUCGCCAGCCCGCUCUCAUGGCUGGAUACUGACGAGCUCCGGGAGGCUGUCUGGGACGCCGCUGCAGCCCGCCUCAGUGAGCGUUCCGGUCGAACCGGUAUGCAGAAGACAUAUCUCCGUAGUUCAUUGUACCUUUGUUGGCGAUUUCCGCAUCUAACAUGGUGUUUGACAUAGCCAUGCCCGCCAUGUCCCGGGUCUUCUCCAUCCCCACCUCUGGGGACGAAGAGUUCACACUGACCCUACACGAACCAUCCUUAACAGCCGACAACCUGGGCAUGAAGACCUGGGUCUCAUCAUACCUCCUCUCCCGACGUCUGCACAAGCUCCUCGAGACCACUCCCAACCUCGUCCCCUCCGCAUCCACCACCCCGAAACUCCACCCGGAUAAAACCCUCCGUGCGCUCGAACUCGGCGCCGGUACUGGCCUGGUUGGCCUUUCCUUCGCUGCACUACGCGGGAAAUCGGCAACGAUCCAUCUCACCGACCUCCCAGACAUCGUCCCGAACCUGGCACAUAACGCAGCCCUGAACGUCGAACUUCUGAACCGAACAGGCGGGGCCGUCACUACCGGAGUCCUCGAUUGGUCCGUAACCCCCGAGCCGCUGCCCACAGCCGAGGAACAAUACGACCUCAUCCUCGCUGCUGAUCCAUUAUACUCGCCCAAUCACCCGAAGUGGCUGGUCGACACGAUCACGCCCUGGCUCAGCCGGGGGCUUGAUGCACGGGUCGUGCUGGAGAUGCCUCUGCGCGAUGCAUACCUGCCCCAGGUGCAGGAGCUCCGCGAGCGAAUGGGACAGCUCGGGCUGGCGGUGGUGGACGAGGGCGAGGAGAUCGGAUACGAUGAUUGGGAGUCGGCCGAUGGGCGCGCGCUCGAGGUGAGGUGCUGGUGGUCCGUCUGGGGAUGGAGCGAGAAGCUCUAGGAAGGAGCGAUUACUGGUAUAUAUGAUGCACGACGUCACGAAGGGAAACGAGCCACGAUGAUAGAGUCUAGAAGUAGACUAGAUAGGCCCUAGCCUGAUAGUGAGGGUUAGAUUAGAGCAAUAGAUCAUCAUAGAACGCA